AUGGCGACCCGGAGCUCCUCCCACAGCGCGAAAAAGUGGCUGACGUCGCUGUUCAAAGAGGCGACGGCAGCGACGCACGCGCCGUCGUCCAAGUCCAAGUCCGUGGCGAAAGAGCGUCUGCAGAUCAUCCUCGCGCACCAACGGGGCAGCCAAGUGCUGGCGGGCGUGGACUUGGCAGCGCUGCAGCAGGAGCUCCUUGCGUGUGUCCAGCGCCACAUUAGAGUCGCGACGGGCGCGAAUAUCAACAUUGCAGUGAAGCACGAAGGCCAGUUGGAUAUUUUUGAAAUGCAAGUGCCUGUGGACGGCGACCACGCUAUGGAGGCAAACAAACAAGUCCAGUAG